AUAUAUUCUAAGAAUUGAAAAAAAAAAUAUGUUGACGUAAUUCAUAGUUCAGAAAUAAAAACAGAUACCUCAAAGAGGAUAAGACAGAAAAAUAUGAGUGAUUUCAGUGAUAAUUCCUUUUCACCUUUUCCUACUAAGCAGAAAUAUAGACAAGAUUAUCAGAUUUCACCUGAUAUAUCUGAUAGUAUUGAAAAGACUGAAGAAGAUAUUGUUCAUUUACCGAUCAUUGGUUCCCAAGAUUUUGCAUUAAAAUUAUCAGACAAUUCUGUAAUAGAAGAUACUCAAGAUAUUCUUACUGAAAAUAACACAAUGAAUACAAAAAGGGAUUCUAUAAUAGUUAUUAGCGACUCGAGUCCUGACAAAAGUUUCGAAUAUUUUAAUAAAGACAAGAUUAUUACACCUGUGAUACCAACAAACACUUACAAGAGUGCAAUAAGGUUUAAAAAUUAUAUCUUGGAAAUAUCUGACAAUUCAAAUGACGAUGAAACUUUUUAUGAAAAAUAUAGAAAUGUAUCAACAAGAAAUAAACGUGCUAGUAAAUUUUCUAAUCUUAAUGACAAAAUUAAUUCACGGGAUAAGAAUCCGUAUUAUACUUCUGAUGAUAGUUCUAAGGACAGCAGUACGAUAAGUUCAGAACACAAUAAAAAUACUAAUGUAUAUAAAAAUGAAUAUAUUAAUCCGACAUUAUUAAAUAUACGACAUAAGAAUGAGAAUUCGAAUAGACAAUUAAAAACUACAUCGGAAGAUGGAAAAAGUGUGUAUACUCCUGUUUCCAAUUAUAAUUCAUUGAAUAAAUUGACUGAUAUUAAUAGUAAUAGUUCUAAGAAAUCAAAGACUCCUGUACAAUUGACCAAAAGUAAUCUAAGUAAAAUCCUAAAAAAUAUCGAAUCAACAAAAGCUGUUUAUGAAUCACCAAAAACACCAAAAGUUUCUAAUAUUAUAAUCGAUGAAACUUUAGAUGAAGAAGAAUUGCAUCCAGCAUUAUCAAGUAAUGAUAGUUUAAUAAGAAGAUUUAACAAGCCACCUGCUACAAUUAUAGAUGAAACGACUAGUGAUAUUACCAAGAGUAACUUUUCUGAAACAAAUAUGGUAACUUCGUCUAAAAUAUAUGAAAAAUCUAUCAAUGCUCCAAUUAUUGACAAUCAAGAAACAUACCUAUCAGAAAAAAAGAAGCAAGAAAUUUCAAAUUGGCUUAUAAUGAGUUCACCACAUUCUUCUAAUGAUAGUUCGUUCACUAAUGUACCUGCAAGCAUUAGAAAUAGCAUAAGUUCUGGGAAUAGUAGUUUAGAAAGAUUGGAGUUGAAUUAUGAAACCCCGAAUAACAGAAACAAAAUCAAAUCAAAAACCAUAAAGAAUAAUGUUGUUGCAUCAGAUACAAAUAAUAAAAUUAGUUCUGUGUUGGAAUCGAAACAAGAAAUAGCACAUAAAUGUUUAGAUAAACUUAAUGAGGAUGUUCGUACACCUUCAAGGGUUCAACAACAAAACAAAUCUACUGAUCAAUGUAAUAAUAUAGGUAUAAAACAAUCCCAUAAUAUGGACGUUAUACAAUGUACAGAUAUAUUAGAUAAAUUGUAUGGUAAUAUCUGGAGGAAUAAUGCAACCGCCUUACUUUCAACUCCUAUGGAUAAACAAAAAGACGUUAUGAAAAAAGAUAGAGCUGUACAAACAGAAAGAAAAGGAAGGAGUUAUAAACAUUAUGCAACAAAAACAGGAGAUAAACAGAAGAGAUGUAAUACAGAACAUAAAAAACCAAAGCAUAAAACGCAAAAUUUCAUUAACGAUAGCUCUUCUUCUGAUAAUGAAACCGAAAGCUUGUAUUUCACCGCUCUAACAACUCCACGUGCAUCUGAUCCUAUAUCAAAUAAAGUUAAUACUAAAUCAUCUUCUGUUCAAAGAAGCAUUGAAAUAUAUGAUUCUGACACAGAUGAUGAAUAUAGUACUACUAAUCCCUCUUUAGAAGUACAGAAGAUGUUAAAUAAGAAAAAGUUAUUAUUUAGUGAUGAAGAAGGUAGUUCUGAUACAAGUGAAUUUGAUCCAAGCGAUGAUAUUACUAAAAAACGUAUAUAUAAGAAAGAUAUACCAACAAAAACAACAAGAAAUGUAGUACUAACAAAAGAGAGAAAUCUUUCGUCUGAAGAAAGCGAGACAAAGAAUACACACAGAAGUUUUUUAGCUUCUCUAUCUGAUUCAGUACCUCUGAUCAAUGCUCAUCCAAAUGCAAAAAAAUAUAGGCUAGCGUAUAAAAAUAAUAAAGAAGAGCUUUGCAAGUAUUUGUAUAAAUUGUAUAACGAGAAUAUUUUUGACAAAAAAUUACCAGAAAAUAUGUUGAUAGAAUGGAAUGUUCGUAUGAGAGGAACAGCUGGAUAUUGUUACAAUAAAAGAUCUGUUAAACCAUUAGGAGGUAUUCUCAGAUCUUCGAGAUUAGUAUUAUCGACUAAGGUUUUAGAUACACCUGAUAGAUUGAGAGAUACAUUGAUACAUGAAAUGUGCCAUGCUGCUGCUUGGCUAAUAAAUGACGUAUCCGAUGGUCAUGGACCAUUUUGGACGGCAUGGGCAAACAAGGCAAUCAAAGUAUUUCCUGAACUUCCACCCAUUCGUCGUUGUCACGAUUAUAAAAUUAAAACAAAAUUUACAUACAGAUGCAUCGAAUGCGGAUAUAGUAUUGGACGACAUUCUAAAUCUUUAGAUAUCGACAAAAAACGAUGUGGUCACUGUUAUGGUAAAUUUGAACUACUCAUCAAUAAGACAACAAAAUCUGGUACAGUUCAAAUGCAAACGCCGAAAAGAGAACCAUCCGCAUUCGCACUCUAUGUUAAAGAAAAUUAUAAUACGGUGAAAAAGGACAAGAACUUGAAGCAUGCUGAGGUGAUGAAAGUUUUAGGCCAAAAGUUUUCGGAAAUUAAAAUAGCCAAGAAAGAUGUUAACAAUGUUGACAAUAACAGAGAUUCGUUCGAAUGAACGUAUAUUCUUUGUAUUUUUUAACAAGUAUUUUUAUACUUUUAUGCAUAUGUUUUAAUUAUGUUUUUAA